CAUCAACAACAAAAAAUUGAUUGCAAUACACAUCAUCAUCAUCAACAUAGAAAUGUCAAAAUAUUAAAUAUCUCAUCAAUGGAAGUAUUUUUUUGUGUAUCUAUAGUUGAUGAUUAUUAUUACAAAAGUGAUAACGUUUUCUUUAAAGUGUAAAAUACGAUAACAACAAUAACAACUUAUUGUGUGUGUGUGUGCGGUGGCAAAGCCAAAGUUUGAAGGAAAUUGAUUUCUGUUGUGUGAUUUGAUUUUUUAUUUUGUUGACUUUUUAAAAUUUUCAAUCAAACAAUUGCCGAAAAAAAUCGAAGAAAAAAAAUGGUGUUACCUGGUGUUGGUUUUUUUGGUUCGGGUACAUUAGCCCAAUUAUUGAUCGAUCAAUUACAGGAACAAGGUUUCUGUAUUGAAGGUAUUUGGUCACCAAAUGUUGAUGAUGCUAAAAAUUUAAGUCAUUCACGUUCAAUACCAUUUUAUUCAUCGAUUAUUGAUAAAGUAUUAUUAUUACCAUCGGUACAAUUAAUUAUAACAGCAUGUCCACCACAUUAUCAUAAUCAAAUUGCAUCCAAAGCCUGUGGUAUUGGUAAACAUGUUAUUUGUGAUUGGCCACCAUCACAUUCAUUAAAGGAUACGGUUACAAUGCGUAAAGCUGCAUCAAAUUAUCCGGCAUUGAUAACAUUAUUUUUGACAGGUUUACGUUUUGUACCAACAUUUAAUAUAAUGCGUCGUUUAAUAAUUGAUGAAAAUUUUCUUGGUCAUAUACGAUUGAUUAAUGCAACAGUUAUGUGUGAUGUUAUUUCGGUUUAUAAGGAAAAAUCAAUCAUCUGGGAUAAACAUAUGGGUGGUGGAUUAUUAUCAUUAUAUGGUACGAAUAUGAUCGAUAUAAUUAGUUUUCUAACCGAUUAUCGUGCACAUCGUGUUCAUGGAAUGAUCCAAUGUUUUAAACAGCUUAGUCAAAAUGCCAUUCGUUUUAAUACAACUGAAGAUUAUGUUAAUUUUCAAAUGGAAUUACAUCCAAUGAUCAAUGACAAACGUUCAAUGAUGAUGAUGAAUAAAAAUAAUAAAACAAAAUUAUUGACAGCAAUUAAAGAUGAUCCAAUCAUUGCCAAUAUACAGCUUAAUGGCCAUCAUUAUAAUUGUCAACCUAAACAUGAAAUAUAUGUUUAUGGUACAAAUGGUUAUCUUGUUUGUCGUGAUGGUGAUCUAUAUGCAUUUCGUACAAAUAAUAAUGAUUCAAUUAAAAAUAAUAUCGAUUCUAAUCGUAUGUUAAUAACAGCAUUACAACAGCCAUUAUUAAAUGAUAAUAAUGUUUUUGGACGUGAAACAUUAUUAUAUAAAUUACAAGAUUUACCAAUUACAACAACAACAACAACAACAACAAAACAUUAUCAUCAUUAUCCAUAUGAAACAUCAUCAUCAUCAUCAUCAUCAUCAUCAUAUAAUGUUUAUCCAAAAAUCUAUUUAAUCGGUAUACGAUUAAUGAUACAGGCAUUAAAAAAUGCAUUUCAUGGCACAACGAAUAAUAAUAAUAAUAAUAAUAAUAAUUUUUUACAUUCAUCAUCAUCGAAUGGCCACCACCACCACCAUCACCAUGAUCAUCAUCACGAUGAUAAUAAUGAUGAUGAUGAUGAUGAUAAUUCAAUUAUCAUGUCAAAUGGUGUAUUUAAUGAUCAUAAUAUGAUAAAUGGAAAACAACAACAACAACAACAACGACAAUCUAAACAACAACAACAACAAAAACAUGAAAUGAUACAAUGGAUUAAAGAUCCAGUUAAUCAAGCUGUUUCAUUUGAUGAUGGUAUCUAUCUACAAUCAGUAUUAGAAUCGAUAAGAAAAUCAUCCGAUUUACGUGAAUGGAUUCGUAUACAUUUAUUUGAUUGAAAUUUUUUUUCAAUUUUUUUUUUUAAAAAAAACAUCAAAACAAAAGAUCUACUUAUAUAAACAAAUUAUGACCUCAAAUCAUAAUUAUCAAUGAACAAGCAUUUAUAUUGACAACAUGGAUAAUUUUUU